AUGACCAAUGUUACCAAGUUGAAUGCCACAAACUAUAUCAUGUGGAGUCGCCAAGUUCACGCUCUCUUUGACGGGUACGAACUGGCUCACUUUCUCGAUGGUUCCAAACCAUCGCCAGAUCCAACCAUCACUAUUAACGGAUCUGCCACUGACAAUCCAGCUCACGCUCUCCACAAGCGACAGGAUAAGCUCCUCUAUAGCGCCAUUCUCGGUGCUAUCUCCCUCUCCAUCCAGCCCAUUCUCUCAAAAGCAACGACCACAACUGAAAUCUGGGACACACUCGCUUCCACAUACGCGAAACCCAGUCCUGGUCACAUUAAGCAGUUGAAACAUCAACUCAAACAAUGGAGAAAAGGAACCAAAACAGUGGAUGAGUACCUUCAAGGGCUUAUCACACGUUUUGAUCAACUCGCGCUUCUCGGCAAAGUCAUUGAUCUUGAAGAUCAAAUUGAGUUUGUUCUCGAAGGUCUGCCGGAGGAUUACAAAUCCGUCAUUGAUCAGGUUGAAGGACGUGAUGCACCUCCAACGCUCACAGAGUUGCAUGAAAAACUCAUCAACCAUGAAGCCAAGCUCAUCACCUCUGAACCAGCUCAAUCGCUUCCUGUUUCUGCCAAUGUUGUCACCAACCGCUUCAAGCCACACCACAAGAACAACAAUCGCAAUCAGUCUUGGCAGCAACAAACAAACACCAACAACACCACAUGGCAGCCACGUCCUUACCUUGGAAAGUGUCAAAUUUGCGGUGUUCAAGGACACAGCGCUCGUCGUUGCCCACAACUUUCCCGACAGAACACUGGUGUUCUCCCAUCUCCUCAGCCGUGGCAGCCAAGAGCAAAUUACUUAGCCAGUGGUUCUCAAGUGACCCCACCGUGGCUUCUAGACUCCGGUGCUACACAUCAUGUUACUUCUGAUCUCGCAAACCUUGCGUUGCACCAGCCUUACACCGGAGGUGAAGAAGUCAUUAUCGGCGAUGGAAAUGGUUUGGCCAUUACAAACACUGGUUCCACAUUCUAA